UCAGAUUGCUAAGAGGUCGAUUACCAUUCGCUAAGACUAUGCAAGUUAUACUUUCUCCUCUGAAACUCUCCCACUUUGACACUUGACCCGAUUAACAGUCGUCAUUGACAUUAUCGUCAUCCCUUCCAUUGUAGCUUCUUCGGUAGUAUGCUGACCAGCUCUCAAGCAAUUUGUACCAUGUCUAAGUUUGCUGACCUGCGAAUCGCUUCUGCCCGGGCGUAUUACAACAACAACAAGCCGUAUGGAGAAGCGGAAACCAUCACUCUGUACAUCUACAAUGCCGGUCCUGAUCGAGCGGCAGCUCCUGUAGUGAGGGCUGGUUAUACCUACUCCAUGGACUACAAUAAUGUCACUACUAGCCUUCGUUCGGUGAAAGAGUGGGGUCAGCCAUCUCAAGAUAUCCGAUCUGGAUCUCUUAUUUGGACUGACCUACCCCAUCCAACAAGUCACUAUGAAGGGUGGGACAUGGUGACCACUCUUCCUGAUAUCGAGGCUGGUCGACUCAUGGAACUCAAAUUGUCGUUCCCUAUGCUACACGAGACAUCCCACGCUGAUUACACACUGAACGCGUCAGUCUCAUCGUCGACCAUAGAUCCACGCACGAAGAACAAUUCGACAACAUAUAUCAUCACUCCUAACCAUAAUGGAGAUGACGAAAAAUAUUGGAAGACCCCAGGUGAUCUCGCCAAUCUGGACUUUGAUGGUCUCACCUCCGUUGUGCCAUUAUCACAGGCUGAUCUACGGAUUGCUUCUGCCUAUGCCCACUACAAUAAUAACCUGCCAUAUGGGCAGAGCGAGACAUUGACGUUCUUUGUCUUCAAUCAUGGGCCGACGAUUGCUACUAAGCCUCUUGUGACAGCAGGUUACGGGUCAUCGAUGGACUGGACCAACAUUUCCUGCAGCGGUGAACAGCUAUGGGUACCUGAUGGAAUCGAUCCUUCCUUGAACAUUGACAGCAGCGAAUGGCAGCCUCUUGAUGGCGUUAGCUGCCAUUAUGAGGGUUGGAAUGUAAUCUGCAGUCUUCCCAACAUUCCGCCUACCGUGUUGUAUCGUGUCAAAAUCACCUUCCCUAUGACUCAUAAAACUUCAUCCGAGGACGUUUACGCCACUGCCAGGAUAUCAUCAGACGCUGCAGAGGUCAAUCCAGACAAUAAAUCCACCAGCUAUGUGAUCACCCCCAACCACAAUGAUGACGACGAUGAGUACUGGCAGGCCAAAGGGACCAUCGAGCAGCUGAAUGGCCCCUCUGAGCCUUCUGGGGCCCGAGCAUGUUCGACGGGGUGGCUACUGGAUACCCCGAUUAUCUUGGACGGCGGCGAUGGCAUUGAAGAAAUUGCUCUAAGGGACCUAGAGACGGUGAUCUCUAAUCCCGAUAGUAAGAACGAACUCAUAAUGAGCCUCAAUCUUCGAAAUGACUAUUUUAAGUCCAAGGCUGCCACUAAAGUCGGAUAUAAGACUUCUACAGAUGUCAUCGUCUUGUCAUUCUCAGCAGAUGGCAAGAAUGAACUAUCCUUCAAAGCCCAUCCGGAUACAUUGCUGUAUCUAAUCCCUUCUGAGGUCAAGGUUGGGGAAACGAAGCUGCGUCUCGGAUACUGGAUGCCGGUGCAAACGCUUUGGGUUGGUGCGGUUGUCAAAGGGAUGAGUCCUGGUGGGGGUUCCACAGUGGCCUACAUAACAAACAUAAAGAAGGUCAGAGGUACAGGGUUCCGAAGUGCUGAGAAUGCUGAGAGUGCUGAGAGUGCUGAGCCUCAGAUGGUCAGCAAAAGUCAUAGUUACGUGGUUGGUAGAACGGAUUUUGGAGGGGUACUAACUCACAACCCAAAGACGGGCGAGCACUGCGGCAACCCCAACGUCCCGGCCAUUCUGCAGUAUCUUGUUUUUAUAGCGUUCGGCUUAAUAGCAACCCUAAUACCGCCGCCUAACCUCCUAGAUCCUCCACAUGGAUACUCCUUACGUCACCGACGGCCCUCAGACCCGCGACCGCCGCCUCAACCUGCCCCACCGGUCCUUCCUCUGGGCGUGCCGCGACGUGAUGGGUACGGAAACUGGUUGAUCUACCUAUAUGAGGAAGACACUCCAGGUGCAGUGGAAAAUGCCCGCUAUGCUGUUGAACAGGUAGGGCUCCCUUGGCAACUCACCUAUGACCCAGCUGGCGCACCAGCGAGACGAUCACAGUCCACCGGCCGACACCCGAGCCAGAGGGAGCUUCUUCAACUGGCAACUGAGGAGCUGGGAGGGGCCACAGGAACAACAGGCCAACUGGAUCGUGACGAAUAUCCACCUGCUAUUGCACUAGAAGGUGGAUCAGGGGCAAUCGUCACCUACAUCGAAGCUGGAGACAACCGCAGAGCCGGCAGCUUGAUGGGACAGCAGUUUGCCAACUACCGGAUGGUGCCCCAACCCGAUAAUCAUUCGCCACUCCAGCCCGGGGAUACAUUCCGGUACGUUAUUAUCCAUGCGAACAUGGCCGGCCUUGAUUACCUAGGAGACGGGACAGAUGAGUCACAGAUUGAAGAACCGCCUAUAGAUUAGGUGGCUACGCAUCGUCCAGGUAAGCUUUGAAAAUUGUAGGACGCUGUUUUCAUGAUCUAACUCCAUGAUGGCCGGUAGGUAUGGAAGAAGUUAUGUUGAGGAUGGAUACUGGCUAUGCGUUUCUUCGUGUACAGCCAUAAAGACUACAUGCUUGAAAUACACUUUCGUUUGUUUUCUUGACUAUGACCAGACUGUGCCGUUAUCAAAGCCUAUUACUGUAGUUCAGAGUACACAAUAAUAGCA